UCGAACGUGCAUCGACAGAUAUGACAAAUAUGUGAAGUUGCAGCUAACUUCAUUAACACUUUUCAGAAAUGACAGGAAAAGUUUUUGCAAUAGUCAUUACUAGUGUGAUUUUGCUGGUCGCCAGCAACUUUUACCUUAUGAACUAUACUACCACUUUUUUCCUGCCAAAAGACAAAGCCAUCCAGGGUGGCCUUUAUCCCUGUCCUGAGACGCCAAUAGUAACCAUCGAGGACGGCGGUCGGCUCGGAAACAAAAUCUGGGAGUAUGCGGCCGUGUGGAGCGUCGCCAGAUUAAUGGGCCGCCCUGGCUUUGUCCCUCGCUCCCUUAAGACCACCCUGAGUCGCACCUUCGGCAACCUGAGUCUGCCCACCCUGGAGGAGAUCGGGCACUGCGACCUGCAACUCGACUACAAUAAGUCGAUUAGCGCCCUCGGCAUCUUGCCCUUGACCGAAACCAGGUCUCGCUUCCAGGGUCGCAACAUGCUCCUGCACAGGUACGAAAUGUUCCUGGAGCCGGCCCUGAUGUACCGAGACCUGCUGAAACUGGAAUUCACUUUCAAGCCGGAGAUUGUGCGUCAGGUCAACGAGACCUUUGCGAAAAUCGGUGAGGGAAAAACUCUAGUCGGGGUUCACGUCCGAAGGACCGACUUCAAGGAAUUCCUGCCCCUUUAUUUGAAGACCACCCUGGUUGAUGAUGUUUUCUUCAAAAAUGCAAUGAAGUGGUACCGCGAAAAUGUAAAAGGUCCGAUUCUAUUUCUGGUCGUCAGUGAUGACGUCAGUUGGUGCGAAGAGAACCUUCAUUUUGAGGAUGUCAAGGUGGUGACCAACAGUAGCCCUGCUCACGAUUUGGCCCUUCUCUGCAUGCGCGACCACACCAUCGUCGACUACGGCACUUUCGGGUUUUGGGGCGCGUUUAUGUCUGACGGGCAUACCGUUUCGCUGGGCGUCUACAAAUCUUUCACAAAAACUAUGGCCCAAGAAGCAAACUGGACCUUAUUUUAACUCCACAGUCAAAAUAAGUGGUUAAAACAGUAACUUUCAUAACCGAAGAUGAAGUGAGCAAUUGAUUAAUAAAGUAUAAUAUCAACACCGCCAAAAAUUGGUUAAAGUUUUUCUUAAUUUUUUGUUCAAUAUAGAAAUGGAAGGAACAUCAUAAUUAUGUUAUUUUUAUAAAUCAUAAAAAUUUUGGAUUUUUUUUUUCAAAACUCAAUUCCAAAUUUGGAACAAUACAAAAAAAAUUGUAUUACAUAAUGCGUGUUCCUGUAGGUGAAUUUUAUGUUGAGUAAAUUUAUAAAAAUAAUCACGCACAUAUAUGUUUGUGUACAAAUAAACUUAUUUGCACACAUAAUUCUGACUGGCGUCAUUUCCACAGCCUUUGAAUUAUAAUUUAGCAUAUUUUUUUUAUCACAAAUGGGAAGUCGAUUGACUGCAAAUUUUAACGUAUCAAAUGUACAUUCGCUCCGAUCCAAAAGAUUUGGUUUGCCAUAUUUUAUAAUUUUUUAAAUUGUAUAAAAUAUUU